ACUAUCAAUGAGUAUUGAUAGUCCAAAAAAAAAUUUAAACUAUCGAUAGUGCCAUCGAUAGUUUGACACUCUAUCCUCCGCAUAUAAUUGGUUUAACAAAUUUUAAAUUUGUGGAUAAAAUGAGUGCUCUAGAAUGGAGGUAUUGUGAAUUCUAUGAUCUGGCUUUGCUGUCAAACUUUUGUAAAGUGGAUAUGCAGGCAAACAUAGUCGCGCAUUGUACAAAUGGAAGUAUGUAUGUUUUCUGCGAUAUACAAGGAGUUAUUCACCUUUGUUUUAAAAAUUCGGAGGAAGUCAUCUUUCGUCACCAUAUCAAUGAUAUACAGUUUUGUGCUCUCACAAACAAUAACGAGUUUCUGAUCCUCGUAGCGCAAGACGAUAUAUCUACCAGGAUACACGUUCAUGUUUUAAAUAUAGACUGUAUCAUCAAACGGAUGGGACCAACCUGCGUUGGCUCAGCACAACUUACCUCAACAGGAUGUGUCACUGCCGUUAAUGGAUGUUUGCCAAGUGAUGGAUUGAUAUGUAUUUCUAUUGGAUUAGAUACUGGUGAACUGCUUUUUCAUCUUUCUGUUUUAUGUCUGGAUAUGACACCAAAUUUCACUUGUAUUUCCACGGUCAGAAGUCGCAUUAUCGGUAUUGAGUUUCAAGAGAAAAUGGAUAUACUUUAUAUGUUUGUUUGCGCGGAAAAAUAUGUCUGGUUAUAUAAAAUAGUCGAUAAUAUGUAUAUGCAAACGAUUUUAGAUGCGCCAAAAAAUUUGAUUAGUUGUUGUGCUUUUCAAGAUAAUGCGGAAAAUGCAUACCUUUUAGUUGGCCAAGAGGAUGCAAUUUAUUGUUUUACAAUAGAUGGCAGGGGACCUUGUUACGCCAUAAAUGGAAAGAAAAAAGCAAUUGCUUCCAUAAAAAACAAUAUUGUCAUAUUAAUAGAACCAGAGGAAAAAAGGCAGAAUUAUGUUGUUAUAAUAGAUGUUAACAAAAAAAGAAUCGUUUUUCAAAAAGAAAUUAAAAAUAUUAACACUCUGGUAUCUAACGAAAUGUUCUGCUAUAUUAUAAUAGAUAACAAUAUCUACAUUACCACUGAGAGGAGCAUUCAAUGCAAAUUGCAGGUGCUAAUGAAUGGUAAUCUUUAUGGGCUUGCUCUUAACGAAAUUGAUAACAGAAUGGUUAAUCUUAAAGGAAGUGUUAUGUUAAAAUAUGGUAAUUAUUUAUUGAAUAAAGGCGACCUACAUUCCGCCAAUUGUAAAUAUAAGGCAGCAAUAGGACUAAUUAGUUCUUACCUUAUUAUAAAAAAACUAAUUGAUUCCAGGUAUAACAGUCAGUUAAUGACAUAUAUAAACGCUUUGGCAAUAACUGGCAAAGCACCCAUUUUAGAAACGAAACUUUUUGAGCUUAGCAACAGAAGAGAAAAUCUAAAGUAUAAGUUUAAUAACAAAAAAUAUAGCUUUAGUAAUAAUAAUAACACUUUUUUAACUAUAGCAGAAAAUUUUAAUACAAAAUUAGUUAGUAGUAACAUUUAUUCAAGAUAUAAAUCUGAUGGUCUCUAUGAUCAGUUAAUUAGAAAUUGCCCUAAAACAAUUUCAGAAUACUGGGGUAAGGUUUUUAAUGCGCUAAAGAUGACGGAAAAUCCCGAGCAUAGUGUAUCCCUGUUAAUAGCUUCAAAAGAUACAUUUGUUGAACUUUUAGAAUAUUUAGUUUCGUUGUCUCAAAAAAGGCCGUUAGUGAUCAACCUUUUAUUAGAGUUACUUUUAUUUGAAUGGUACAAUGGAAAUAUUAAUGUUUCCGAGAUAAUACAAUUUUUGGAGGAUUAUAAUACGGGAUAUUCGGAUCAGAUUAUGGUUUUGUUUGCCAAUUACUCGUUCUGGCCUGGUGUAAUUUAUUUACAUAGAAAAUAUAAGAUAUUUCAGUUGUGCUUAAAAUACUGCAUUAAGUAUUGUGACUUUGAUAUUCCUAUAAAUUUGAACAAAGUAACCUACCUGAGCCCGAAUUUAACUGUGCAGGCAUUCGAAACUAUAAACUGUAGUUCAGAUGAUGGAAUUGAAUUCGUUGAUAGAAUAAUAGGAAAAGUAUUGAGGAAGUGUAACCAAGCGAUGUUGCAAAUAGUUCAAGGAAUUUCAAUACGAAAAAACUUCAAAGUGGUUAGCAUAAAAAAAAUGUUUAAUAACAAAAUAUCCGAGAACAAACUUGAGCCUUCGAUAACACCAUUAUUUUCUUCUUUGCGGGCUUUAAAUUCCUACUUAUUAAACUUUAGAACCCGUCCUAUUGAGGUCAGAGAAAACACCUGCGUAAUCUGCGAUCACAGUUUGGCCCUACCUGCGAUUUAUUUUCUGUGCCAACAUGCUUUUCAUGUAGAAUGUAUAGAACAUAAUUUAGGUAAAAAAAACUGUCCGAUUUGCCCUCCCAAUGUCAAAUGCCGUAUUCGUUGAAUCUAUGUUAUUUAUGAACAAAAUGUAGGUUAAGUAUAAUAUCAAUGCUUUAUGAAGAAUAAUAUCAAUA